AAACAAAGCUUCACUGUUAGCUGGCACAGCAGCAAAGAAGACGACAGUGAUCACAUUCAUACCUACCUUCACAAUCACCUGCUUCCAUGGCAAGUCAAAAUAGCAAGAAGAUCCAUUAUUUAUGAGCUACAGAAUUCUUCCAGAACUGAAGGGAUUCACUGAAUCCUGACAAUUCAGAAAUAUUUUCUCCAGGAAAUUCACUGUUUUAGGUCUUGGUCAUAUGGUCCUUUCCCAUGCAAGAAAAUAAGCAAUUAGCACGCUCCACAGGAAGGUGUGCAUGUUGGCACUGGGAAUGUCCCUGUUUUUACUACUUUUAUGCUGCCAUGCAUUCUUAUAUUUAUUCAUUAUUUCUUUAAAUACAUUUUCUUUGUAUUUCUGAGAGUUCUCAAAAUAAAGAAGGAAAUGCCUCAAUGAAAAACGCUGCGCUGAAGCCUACGCUGAAUGAUCACAUAUUUGCAUGACAAUGAAUACACAGUGAAGGUGGUUUGUACACCAGAUUAUCCAUCCCUGUUGCUGCACUCAUUUUACUACUGAUACGAAUUUAUGAUCUCUGGUAGGGCCUGGACAUUGGGUACCAAUGUGGAAAGAUAAAUCUGAAUGGGGAAGUGGAAAGGAUGAUAAAAUGCCCUGCCUUGUUAAGUGGCACGUGGAACCAACAUGAAACUUGAAACCCUUGGUUAAGAAAGCAAAAUAGAGUGGUACUGUAAGUAAUGCAGAGUUGUGGUUGUGUGGACACUUCACUUAGCCUCAAGUGGGACCACAGUGACCACAUUGGAAGGAAUCUGGCCAAGAAAGUACAAGACAGCACUACUUUUGUUGGCCUAGAGAGUGUAAUCAGCAGAUGUAUUUCUCUCCCAUGUGACAGGGAUGCCCAUCCCUCUAAACACAAACUCCACCUGUCUAAAAACCUUGAUUUGAGUGGAGGAAAAAGCUUCAUCCAUGUGUACAAAUGGAGUAUUAUACAAAGCAGAAAGUUAAGGAUAGGAUCAAUUCAAAGUUUAGAGGCACGUCCCCUGCAGACAGAUGUGCAGACGGACCUUGCUCCUCACCUUUCUCCAUAUUUGGUAGUUAAAGGAAAUAUUUCAUGUUGGCUGGGACAUACCACAUAACCAGAUCCAUUCUCAAGGAAAUUCAGCUCUAUGGGGUUAAUGGGAGCAAUGAGAGAACUGGGCAGCAGUGGGGGAACUGGGGACACUUGGAGUGGUAGGGGCAAUAGGGUUAACAGGGGGAAACUGGAAUCAGUGGAGGCUACAUGGGGUAACAGGAAGGAAAAACUGGGAACAGUGUGGAGAAACUGGCGAUAAUGGGGGCACUGGGGGAGAACUGGGAGAUCACGUGGGCCUCAACCCGGGGAGAGAAGCUGUCGUGACGUCAUCGCUGCCCCCCCCCACGUCCCUUCUCAUCCUCGCCCCCUCGCGCCUCGCUGUCACUUCGAGAUAAUCGCAACAGGACGGUGGUGAUGACGUCAUCAUCCUGCGCCGCACCGCCCCCUUAGCAGCGUUCCCCUCCGUUAGGCCCCGGGGGCGGACCCACAGUGCAGAGCCGCCCCUGGCGGAGGGCAGGGCCUUCCCUUUGCCCCCCCCUCCCUCGGCCCCGUUAACCCCGCGUUUCUCCCUCGGGGUCCUCAGUUCCCGGCUAUGGCUCUGUGGGUGCUGCUGCUCCUCGCGGUGUUCCCCGUGACGCCCUCCGCCUCUCCCCGCUGCGCCCCGCAGUGCCCCCCUGGCACUUACCCGCACCCCCCGGGCCGAACACGGCAGCGCUGCAGUCCCCCGAAGGGCCGCUCGGAGCCCGUCCGCUGCCGAGCGCUCCGUUGCCCCGCGCCGCUCUCUUUCCCUCACGGCACCGUGGAGCCGCGCUUUCCCGCGUACCCCUCCGGCAGCGUCCUCCGCUUCUCGUGUGACGACGGCUUCGUGCUGCGAGGGGCCGCGGAACUGCGCUGCAGAACCGGGGGUGUCUGGAGCGACGCCCCCCCCGUGUGCGACGACGGCGAAGGUGACUGUCCCCCCCCUGCGACACCAGCGGGGGGGGUGACAACGGGCGGGGGACGGCACCAUGGAGCCGAGGUUCGGGUGCACUGUGGGGCAGGGCUGCAGCUUCUGGGACCUUCCCGGCGCCACUGCAUGGAGACUGGGAGGUGGUCCGGGCCUGAACCCACCUGCCGCCACCCCUACUCCUUCGACCUCCCUGAGGACAUCAGCAGUGGCCUUGGCUCUUCCUUUGCCUCCAUCCUGGAGCUGGCGGGUGCCCACGCUGACAAUGACAAGUCCCUGGGACGCCGCAUUGUACUGAGCCGCAAUGAGUCCCUCCAUGUCUAUGUGCUUCUGGAUGCUUCUGGCAGCGUCCAACAGGACAACUUUGAGCUCUUCCGGCAGAGCGCGGUGGCCAUCGUGGAUAGGCUCAGCAGCUUCGAGGUGCCCCUCAGGUUUGCCAUCGUCUCCUUUGCCACCCACACGCAUGUCAUCAUCUCCACCAUCGAAGACGACGCUUCUGAUGCUGACGAAGUCAUCGCGCGCUUGGAGGCCAUGAACUUUGGUGUGCACAGGAACGCAACGGGGACCAACAUGCAUGGGGCGCUGUUGGAGGUCUACCACAUGAUCCUCUUCCAAAAGGAGCGGUCAACGCGUGACGGCCAACCCAACGCGUGGAGGAACAUGCGGCAUGUCGUCAUCCUGCUGACAGAUGGGAGGUUCAACGUUGGCGGACAUCCCCGGGAUGCGGUGGCCAAGAUUGAGGAUGUGCUGGAGAUCAGAGACGACCGCGAGGAGUACCUGGACAUCUAUGCUUUUGGGGUGGGGACCCUGGAGGUGGACAUGGCUGAGCUGGAGGCAGUGGCCUCGCACCGCCGGGAUGAGCGCCAUGCCUUCAAGCUGGCAGAUGCGUCGGCACUGCGCCAGGCACUGGAGGGGGCUCUGAGUGCCACUGCCAUCGGGGACCUCUGCGGUGUCAUCAUCCCUGCUGGCACUGCCCGACCACCGUGGCACGUUGUACUGAGGACUGGAGUGCAGCAGCGUUGUGCAGGGACCCUUCUGGGGGGCCGCUGGGUGCUGACGGCUGCCCACUGCUUCCUGGGGGGUGAAAGCCCCCAUGACUGGAGCGCCAAGCUGGCAGGGGGUCAGGAGGUUUCCAUCCGAGGGUGGAACCUCCAUGAGGACUUUGAUAUCCGGGGGAGGGCGGCACAGGGGGUCCCUGAAUUCUACGACUAUGAUGUGGCCCUGGUGGAGCUGGAGAAGGAGGUGGGAGACACAGGGGUCCCCAGGCGCAUCUGCAUACCCUGCACUGAGGAUGCAAACAGAGCUCUGAGAAUGGCACCAGGGACCACAUGCCAGAAGCAAGAGGUGGAGCUGUUGGGCCACACUCGUGUCCCCGCCGAGUUUGUGUCACUGGAGGGCAAGAGGUUGAGCGUCAGGAUCAAGGAGCAGGAGGAGCGUGCCUCCUGCCUGACGGGUGCAGUGCAGCCUGGGAUGCCCCAUGCUAAUGCCUCUGUGAAGGAUGUGGUGACAGAACGGUUCCUGUGCAGUGGGCAGGAGAGCAGCAGUGAGCAGGAAGAUGCAGCCUGCAAAGGUGAAUCCGGAGGUUCCCUCUUUGUGGAACGCCGCCACCGUUUCCUCCAGGUGGGGGUCCUGAGCUGGGGCACCUUCAAUCCAUGCUACAGGGGGGGCCGCAAUGCCGAGGGGGGGCUGCUCCGUGCCCCAGCCCCCCCUGGCCACCACCCCAGGGAUUUCGCCAUCAGCCUCUUCCGCAUUCAGCCCUGGUUACGGCGACACCUGGGGGGGGGUCCUGCGCUUCACCCCCCUGUGACUCCCCACCACGGCAGGACUCCCCCCAAGGGUCCUCGCCAUUGGACUCCUAUAGGAGCUCAACUGGACCCUCCUACCCCAAUCUGUACCCCCUCCCCCCCCCGAAUAAAGUUGUGUCUCUCCCAGUUUUGUGAACUUCCAUGGGUGGUUGAGAUGGGGCAGUAUGGGGUGGUGGGACUUCUGGGGUACCAUUGGGGGAGCUCAUUAGCAUCACUGUGCUUAAUGAGCUUCAGACUUAACAAGGCCCCACCUGUGGGGAGGGGGGCGACACGCUUCCGGCUGCCCCCGGAAGAGCUCAUCCCGUACCCUUGCGCUAUUUCCGCUCACGUGCUCAGCGCCGCUGUGCGUCGCAUCACGUGCACAUCACGUGCCGCCGUCCCGGGCCGCUGA